CUUCAAAAGCACGCAAUGCAACACAGCAGAACAAAGCAGCCUUGAUGGAAGCCUAGUGGUAUAAAAAAGCUCCCCAGGGGACAGGGCCUUGUCGCCCCGGGUCCUCGACUGCCUUCUUCCUUAGCUUGCCCAACCAACCAACCAGCCAACCACCACCGACCGCCAUGACGGAGGUGAUCACCCACAUCGUCCUGUUCAAAUACAAACCCUCCAUAACAUGGAGUGAGUUCGAAGAGCACUUCGCCGUCUUUCUCGCGCUGAAGGAGAAGUGCAAGAAGCCGGAGACUGGGCGCCCAUACAUGAAGAGCAUGAAAGCAGGCAAGAACCGCAGCUGGGAACCGUUCAGCAAAGGAAUGACGCACGGAUUCGUCCUGGAGUUUGAGAAUCAGGCCGAUCUCGACUACUAUUUGACCGAGGAUCCGGUGCAUUUGGAGUUUUCGAGGAAUGCAGCGCCAUUGAUUAAAGACAUCCGAGACGGCAUCCUUUUCGGGCCCCCAGCGAAGAAGCCCACCAUCGGAGCCGGCACGUUCCACGGGAGCUGCCACUGCGGUGACUGCUCCUGGACGGCCGAGAUCACAGAGCCGGAACACAUCCUCUGCCACUGCGAGACGUGCCGCAAACUCGGGGGUGGGCCCUAUUCGAUGAAUCAGAUCAUCCACAAGGAUCAACUGCGAAUCCUCUCCGGAAAGCCCAGCACGUAUACCUACACCGGAGCCUCCGAAAACCCCGUCCACUGUUACUUCUGCCCCAACUGCACGUCCCACAUCUACCAUCAUCAGGCCGUCAUGGGAGACCGAAUCAUCAUCCGAACCAUCUUGCUCGACCAGGGCGCGCGUAUGCCCCCUGCCGGGGAGAUCUUCGCGGAAGGGAAGUUGGCGUGGGUUGAUGCGCUUCGGCAGGAGCUUGAGAAGCGAUAAUGCUGGGGAAUAGCUGAUUUCUGAAUUAUAUAAUACUGG